GAAACAUAACAUUAAAAAUCAACACGAUAAUAAAUCUCUUAAAUUUAAUUAAAAACUACAAUUUUUAUGCUAAAAUUUAAUGACAGUUGUUGAAAUUGAAAAUAAUUCGGAGAUAGUUUCACAUGCGACAUUCAAGUUUCGAGUACUACGUACUACGGGACACGCGUAAAAAAUAACAGAAAUUCGGCCUGUGUAACGGGGGAACGGGUUCGACGUAAACGGUCUGCGAGAGACGCGAUUUUCACUGUCAAAAUCAGCUGACCCUCGACAAGAAAUUGACAAGUUCGAAACUCAGUGAAAAUGUUUUCUAUAGUGCUAAAAUUGGCACGGAUCAAAGGAAGAUUGCGUUCCCAUGUACAACGUUAAGUUACGGGGAUAAAAGAAGAGAAAGUAUCAUUGAUAAGUGACAAAACCUCGUUACAUCGGCACCCGUGUUAAAAUAUUAUAACAUCAAUAUGGCUGCUGGGAUCGAUAGAAAAGUGUCACAAUACCGUUUAUUACGGAGACACGAGAGCACCGUGUCGAAAAUACGGCACAAUGUGCGACAUUAUUGCGGUUCGAUUGUUGCAUAUUUAUAAAAAAAAGCAGCAUCAGCUCCACUCGCAAUGUUGAAAGUUUGGUUGAGCGUUAGGCAGACGAAAGUCCCACACGAGGUUUUUUAAGGGUUGUGCUAUAAUUUUUACUCUGACAGCGUUGAGAGCAGGAUUGAAGAAACAAAAAAAAAUUAUUGAUCAAAUUGAGUCAACUAAAAUAUGUUAUGAUUUCAAAAAACCGGGGGGGCUUUUUUACAACUUUUUGUGAUGCUUUCAUGGACAAAGGUUCCUAAUUAUUUUCAUACUUUUUUUUGGCUUUGCCACAUCCCCUGCCUAUUUUAAGAUUUUUGUAAACACUUUUUUGAUUUUAUUCAUUUUUUUUCUACGCGUACUUCGUAUUAUUCAUACACGAAAAAGAGUUUUUGUGAAAUAAAACGAACGGGAAACCCAAAAAAGGUUUCCUCUCGUCAUUACCUCUUUUAAUAUGGACUUUUUCGUGACGCUAUUUUUGGCUGUGAUUACCUUCGUAUGUGGUAUAAUAUGCUCUCUUGCCGUCGAAUUGUACAUACUGAAAAAGUAUUUAGAAGCAGCACCGGAGGCCAGCCCUCCGAACAAACCCAUACCUCAUGGAAAAGCUGUUUUCCCUGAAGAAUUGCUUGGGAAAUUAAAGGAUGAAAAAUCCAGUCCCAUGAGACAAAACCUGUCUCAGGGCAAUGAAAAUUUGGCCAUCAACUUAACCCUCCAGUUUCUUUUUAAUGAGCUUAGAAAUGCCGAAAGAGUUCGGUUAUGGCUGUACAGAAAAUUAAACAACGAAUUCAAGGAACUUCUGACUCAAACUACCACGGGCCGCUUGUUCGACAGUGUACAGCUUCGAGAUUUGCAUCUCGGGACUCAAUUUCCAACGAUAAAGGGCCUGGAAGUUGCGGAUUCAAAAAUCGAUCCUGACACAGGAUUACUCGAGACCCUUGAUCUUUCCCUGGAUCUUCAUUAUUCUGGAAACUUUCAGAUGUCCAUAGACGUUAAAAUGCUAUUGGGAAAGACAGCAUAUUUGGCUCUGCAAGUGAAACGAGUAACAGGAAGAGCGAGACUGCAGUUCACUCGCGUCCCGUAUACUCAUUGGUCCCUCAGUUUUUAUUCCGAGCCGAUUCUCGAACUGGAAGUACAAUCACAGUUUCAGGGAAGACAACUCCAACCUCAAAUCGUAUCUUUGAUAACUGGUCAAAUAAGACGUGCUGUAAGACGGAAGCACACCCUACCGCGUUACAAAAUGCGUUACAAACCAUUCUUCCGUCGUCUCAAUGACGAGGACAUUGACUUAUCCGAAGUUGCUUCGUCCCAAUUAACUCCUGGUUUAUUAGAAGUCAUAGUAGUGGAAGUAAGUCGUCUGAAUCUCGGACAAAGUGGACUUCCGUUGGAGGAUCUUUCGCAAAUCGAGAUAUACUGCACAGUGAGUGUGGAUGCAACGCCUUGGGUUUAUUUGACGCAAUAUGGUGGAGUACCAUACAUGGUAUUGGAUUUGAUAAUAAGUAAAACGAGUUCUCACCAAUUGGGAGUGGUAUUUAAGCAAGAGGUAGUCUCGGAAAUUGGUCAAAAUUGCGUGCUCGUAGAGACGAUAGUGAACGGAAGUCCAGCGGCGAUAGCAGAAAUGCGAAAAGGCGACAUACUCUCGGCAGUGGAUGGGAAACGAGUAUCGAACAUGAGCCAAGUUGCAAAAUUAGUGAAAAGUGCAGCGCAGCGACGGUUCAUAAUAAGGGUUGAAAGGAAAUACUCCAAAGGGGAGACGGAUAGGCAGAAUUCGUUGAAGCCCGAAAUUGAAAAAUCAGCGAUGGACAGAUUGUUCGAUAGAAAAACUGCGAGGAGUGACUCGACAGCGAGUCGAGGAGAUCCAGGCAACCUCGAGGAUAAUGCCAAAUCAAAAUUCGAGGGGCAAAUUAAAUUCUCUGAUUUGAGAGACUCCGAGUGCGAAACUCUAGAAAAACCGGAUACCGGAAUACGGCUUUUCAGAAGACGAAAAAGCAGCAUUCACGUCGGGGACGGCGAUUAUUCCCAAGCUCCGGAAACACCAUCGAGAAGAAUUUCCAUCGCGUCCAAUCAUUCCAACGCCUCGAGCAACGCUACUUCUUAUUACACCGAAGACAAUUGUUCAACUUGCAUCUCAGAUUUGUAUUCGACUACGCGCGAAAAACCUUACGCCUCUCUCGUUACCUUCGAAGAAACUAAAAAUUUUCAUAUCGACUCAGAACUUCAGUAUCUCAAUAUCGGAGUCUGGGCGCGCGUCAAAGGUGGCGAAGUACCUCAAAAAAUCAUUGGAUACAUCAAUGCACCCAUGAAACUCGUUCUCGCUCAGUGCUCCACAUCCACCACUGGACAUUACCUCAAAUUACAUCCACUUCUGCCGCCUGACACUGCUUCCCACACUGCGUCGAACGCUAAACUUCAAGGUUACUCAGGUUUCGAUCCAAUGCUCUGUUACGGUGACAUUUUGCUCUCAUACGGUUGGAUCUCUAAUCGUCCCAGUCCACGUCACACCAGUGAUUCUGGAAAAAAAGAAAAUACCGAAACAACCAGAGUCCAGCCGAUAAUAAGUGCGGAAAAUGCUGACAAAAAGAUGCACGAUUUCAUCAGAACGCACUUCCACAGGGCGACGCAUUGCGAUUUUUGCUCGAAAAAAAUCUGGUUGAAAGACGCAGUGCAAUGUAGAGACUGCGGAAUGGUGUGUCACAAAAAGUGUGAGGCACGUUGUCAGUCCUCGGGUAGUUGUGGUGCAGAGACGUUAACAACGAUGGCAUACGAAGCCGACGAGAUAGAAGCGAGCGUAAUGGCGGGUGACACCGGUCCAGAGAUAUCCCUGACGGGUUGUGAGGAGAACGUUCAGGGUAUGAUGGCCGUCAAGGCAAGUAUAGCUAACACGCUGCUGGGUCUCAAGAAAGCUGGAAGUACAAGUUGCCUCGCACCCCCAGCAUCCGGUGGUGGUUUGGCCUCGAGAAGUCUGCCCCCAAGUCCCUGCGCAUCUCGCAAGAAUUCCCUCGUCGGUGGAUUGGGAAUAAGUCCAGAGCUGCUCGAAGGCACGGAGCCGAGUGUCGCGGCACCGUUACUCGCUGGCGACUUGGACGACGGUUUGAUGUCGAGGGCUAAGGAGACUGGAAAAUUUUUGUACAAUUAUUUGGAGCCUCAGGAACGAGUCGACAAAAUCAAUUUGAUGAUGACAAAACUGAAGGCAUCAUUGGAUGGUGAAACUACCUCAAGGUUAGAGUUAUCGCAAAGUGGUGAACACGACAGUGUCAAAUUGAUAGCCCAAAGUGAUCUCCGUGUGCAAGCAUUGAGCGUUCUCUUGCUGCAUUAUUGCGCCGGUUUGCAGCACGCUCAGGAAGCUUUAGAACGGCCUAAAAAAACCACUGAAGACUCGUAGUUCAAUGUCCAAAUGAGGCAUAUUAAACGGAUAAAAAAAACACCCCAAUUUUUCGACAAUUUUCACAUUUUUUCUGCGAUUUUUUCGAUCGAUUUUCGCUACGAUAUAGUCAAUAUUAAGGGGAUUUUUGGAAACUAGAUGCCCACGGUAUUAAUGCGUAAUAACGUUGUAGAAACUCGUAUUCGUCAUACGCGACAACUCUGAUAUCAAAAAUUAAGAUAUAUAAAAAAGUAAAAAAAAAAAACGAAACAAACCCCAAAAAAAGAAUAAUUCAAUACGUAAACGUUGGAAAUUUGAAUAGUUCGCCAAAUGAUACUCGAAACGUGUUAGUUAUCGAUUUACUGUUGGAAAACACCAAACACGAAUUUUAUCUCAAAUAUAAAUAUUAUAUAUUCAUAGAUUGUUUAUUUAUAGAAUAAAAAAGAGUGAAGCACUUGAGUGUUUAGUGAAAAUAUACCGAUAUAUUGAAAAUAAAUUGAAAGAUAAUUUAAAAAAUUCAUUGUUUUUGCUUGAACUGGUGUGGGGUACUAGCAAUGUUAGAAAAUUCGUACCAUCGAUUCAAUGUGUCCGAAAUACUUCAAAAAGUUCGCAGGGUUCGUAAAGCUAUCAAAGAUAUUUAAAUAAAAAUUCAGGCGUUGAAAAUAUACGAAACGCCGUUUCUGCACAAUUAUCGUCAAAUUUAUUGGCGAACGUGAGAUUAUCUUGGAACGAAAAUUCUACUCGAUUACAUCACCCGAUAUAUUUAUGAUUGAUUGUUGAAAUUUGUGAUUCUAGAAUUUUAAGUAACAAAUAAAACGUCGAUUAUGACGACUCGAUUAAUGGUCCAUACAUUGAAUUCAAUGCGACACAGAGCCUAAAACAAGUGAACGUCAUAAGCGAAAAUAAAAAAUGAAUAAAUAAGCUCGAGUGAGUACAUACGAUCCAAGAAUUUCAACGAAUGUAUCAACAAUGUUUAAUUGUUAUGAAAUUUCAAAUAUAUUUGCGCCGCGUCCAA